AUGGAUUUAAUAAAAUUAAUGGACUAUGGAAAUAUAUCACAUGACUAUAAGGUCCUCUUAAGAGAAAAAAAGAAAAAUUCGGAAAAAGAGCGGCUAGCUGCACUAGUGAUACAAAAACAUUUUAGAGGAUUCUUAGUUAGAAAAACAAACAUAAUUUAUAGACACCUUUUAAAUAAUAUAAGAAAUAACUUAGAAAUUUUAAGAUGCAAAUAUUUACUAAAAAAAUUAAAACGAGAAAAGUUAGGAGACCAACGUAACAUGUAUUUAUCAGACAAUGCCACCAAAAUACAAAAAAUAUUUCGUGGAUUUUAUUCGAGGAAAUAUAUUCACAAUUAUUUUAAGUGGAAAGAAAAUAUCAUUGAGAUCGAUAAAUAUGUAAAAGGUCAAAAAAAUAAAAUGCUAUACGAAAUCGAAGAGAAAAGGAUAAAACAAUCGGUAUAUGACAAAAAAAUGAAAGAUAUUAAAAUUCAUAAUGUUGCAAAAAAUUUGCAUCAUUUAAUAUCAACAAAGGCACAAAAGGGAGUCUAUAAUUAUAAAAUAGAAAAUAUAAUAAAAAAUCAACAAGAAAAUAUAAUAAAUAAAGUUAAACGAGACGUUAAAUAA